UGUUCUAUUAGGGAAGCAGAUUGUCACUUUUGGACUUUAGACCCACACCGUACUUUUAAAGCUUUUUAUUGUUAUGUCGCUGUAGCCAGUCUCGUUGUCUCUCACAUGGGGUUAUAGACAGUGGGACAUCCUCUCCACGGUCUAGGAUACAUAGCGGAUAACACUGAGGAUAGGUAUGGCGUCCGACAAAAUAGACGCUGUACAGCAUGGAAUCUCCGGCGCAAAUGUACCAGAAAAAAAAUCACUUGUACGGGAUAUACACUGGACCACUCGCAGGAAGUUCAAGGUCCUGAGGAACAAAAUCAACACAUUGUUAUGGCCUGGCUCGGUUUUGAACCUUGGAUGUCUGGUUGGCGGUGUGACUGCUGUCAGAGUAUCCAGUGUCUCCCUGCUACAGCCCAUCAAAAUUCCAUUACAAAAUCUCGAGAGUUACCUCCCUUUAUCUGAAGGUAUUUUAUCGUCUGCUUGUGUGUGCACCGUGAGUGGACUUGCGCUAUUUAUAGCACUGACUUUAUGGCGGCGUUUGAUGUUGAGACUUUUGUUGGCUCACCGAGAAUGGAUGUACGAGCCACCUGGCAAACCGUCAGUUGGCACAAAGGUGUGGGGAGCAGCCAUACGGCUCCUCAGAGGCUGGUCAGUUACUCUGUACAGCUCACAGAGCAGCCUGCCCAGACAGCCUGUGCCGAGGCUAGAGGACACUAUCGACAAGCUGAUGACCUCUCUAGAGCCUGUAUACUCCGAGCAGCCAGAAGAGCUGGAAAAACUGAGAAAAGAGUCCAAGGAAUUUCAGCUGACGAUAGGACGUAAACUACAACGUGCUCUUGUGUUACGUUCCUGGUGGGCGCCACACUACGUCAGUGACUGGUGGGAGAAAUAUAUUUACCUGAUGGGUCGGUCUUCUCUCGCCAUCAACAGUAAUUAUUACAUAAUGGAUCAGAGCUACUGGACACCCACUGACAGACUCUGUGCCAGAGCCGCUGGAGUUGUGUACCAACUGCUGAGAGCACGUGACAUGAUAUUAACGGAAGAGCUUGACCCACUGGCCAUCAACAAUACCAUCCCUGUGUGCAUGGAACAAUACAGAAGAAUAUUCUCCACCACAAGAGUUCCAGGUGAGGAAAUCGAUACUCUGGUCAACUACCCGCCCAGUAAAUCACAGCACGUGGUGGUCAACAGACGCGGGCUGCUGUACAAGCUGGAGGUCACUGACCCUCUAGGCCGGCUGGCCAGUCCCUGCUACCUGGAGCAGCAGUUUGAGAACAUCGUAGCUGAUGCUGACUCCAAAUACUCUUCCAUACCGGAAGUUGAGCGUAUGGUUCCUGUCCUAACCUCCAUGGACAGAACAGCCUGGGCCAAAACACGGAAAGAAUUUUUCUGCAGGGGAGUUAACCGUGAAACUCUUCACUGGGUGGAGUCAUCUAUCUUAUACGUUGUGCUUGACACCAAUUCUUUCCCUGACCUGUCCUCCAGGGCCGCCCACCUACUGCACGGCACCCCAGGCCUGUUCUGGUUCGAUAAAUCUUUACAGGUGAUAGCAAUGAAUGACGGCCAUUUUGGCAUGAACUGUGAACACUCCUAUGCUGAUGCCCCAGCUGUGGGUCACGUGGUAGAGUUCAACAUGACAUAUGAUGUGACUGCCCAACUGUAUGCCUCAGACGGCCACUGCAUUCCAUUCGACCCUGCCAGAUUUGCCCCAGCCCCACUGAGUAAGCCCCUGCUGCUACAGUGGGAGGUCCCAGACAGACUGGCCACCCUCAUCACAAACGCGUGCGCGCAGUUCCGGCAGGAAAUCAACGACAUUGAUUUAGUUCUGUAUGACCACACCGACUUUGGAAAGGGAAGCAUCAAGAAAUGUAAGAUCAGCCCCGAUGCAUUUAUCCAGAUGGCGCUGAAUGCCACUUACAGAAAGUUAACUGGCAGACAUGUUCUCACAUACGAGGCAGCAAUGACCCGACUUUACAGGAACGGUAGAACAGAAACAGUGCGCAGUCUGACCAAAGAGGCGAACACCUUUGUGGACGCGUUGUUGGACACCAGCAGAAGUGUAGACGAGAAGCGGGAACUGCUGACACGUGCCUGCAAUAAUCACGUGGUCAUGUACAAAGAUGCCAUGAACGGAAAGGGCAUCGACAGACAUUUAUUUGCGCUCUACGUCAUCAGCAAAGGUUUAGGAAUGGAAAGUGAGUUUUUGAAAAAAGCCUUGUCUAUACCGUGGACCUUGUCUACAAGUCAACAGCCACAACAGCAGAUCCCAUGGUCCCCAAAAUGUGAGGACCCUAAAUACAACCACCAGCUGAGCCCAGGCGGGGGGUUUGGCCCAGUGGCGGCUGACGGUUACGGUGUGUCCUACAUGGUGCCUGGGGAUCUACGCAUCUUUUUUCACAUUACGUCACGCAAGUCAACAGGCAAAACAAGCUCUCUCUUGUUCCAACAGACAUUACAGGAGACGAUGACAGAGAUGAAAAUGUUGUUUCCAGUUUUUUUUAAAUGACGCAAGCAUCACACACCAGGGAAAACAGGAUGAUAUUAAU